AUGUCAGACGUUAGUCCCGUGCAGAUGCUGAAGGAACCAUCCGAGAAUGGACCACCCGAGCGCAACCUGCAGCAAGCUCUUGGCCCGUCAGAUGGCUUGGCUUGCAACUCGUGCCGAAAAGCGAAACUUCGCUGUUCAAGAGACAAGCCGGAUUGUUUGUACUGCAAGAGGACAGGUGUCAAAUGCGUUUAUGAGUCCAAGCGUGUCAAGCCAGGGCUGAAACCCGGAGCUGUAGAGACUAUACAUAGACGACUUGAUAAUCUAGAGCGGCGCUUUAGCGAGCACCAGUCUAGUUUUGAGCAAUGUGGUCAUUACAGCACGCCGCAAGGCGAGUCAGCAGCUCAGAGCAUAUUGGCUCUUCUAGCCAAAGAACUACCAAGAUUGACCAAUGGUUCAUCAAUUCAAAAUCCUGCCAUCCCAGCACAGCACGAGAAAAGGAAUAAGCGAAGACGGCUAGCAGAUGACGACGACGACGACGACGAGAGUACCGCUACAUCUAGUGUGGAUGGAACGCCUUCUCUACCAGAGCCUCAAACGCUUGGAGCAAUCAUAGCAGCGUACUUCUCUCAUAUUCAUCCCUGGAUCCCUAUGAUACAUCAAGCAAGAUUUCUACAACGUUUCCACGCUGGAACCCAGCGCAGACAACUCCUGGUCAUUCUUCACGCUAUGAUCUUAGCCGCUUCUAAAUUUGUGCCUGGUGCACGAAAGGAGAAUAUGCAACAAGCGCGUAUGUAUAUUGUAUGCACAGCCAUGGAGACUUUAUCACUCGAGAAUCUCCAAGCACUGACGAUACUCGCUUUCGAUGAUAUUGGGAACGGAAAGGCAGCGAACGCAUGGUCUAUCAUCGGUUCCAUGACACGUACCGUUGAGUACAUGGGCUUAGCACAGGAGCAGGAGGACGGUGAGCUUCGCCCCUUUUUCCAACCAUUCGCAUGUCUACAAAACACCAAUGACUGGACGGAUAUCGAAGAAAGGCGAAGAGUCUUCUGGAAUAUUUUCCUCCUGGAUCGUUUCUGCUCAGUAACGAUGGGAUGGAACACGAGUCUGACCUCAGAUGACGUGUACCGUAGGCUGCCCUGCGACGGACACUUGUGGCGAAAGCAGAAUCCUGUCUUGACGCCUUACUUUGGUAUUUGGGACAAGUCAAAAGGGCGUAUCGGUAAUCCAAUUGGCUUCAUCACACGAUUAACUUCUCCCAUCGAGCAGCCGACUGCCACCGAGACUGCGACGCAUGGCCCAGUAGGGCCAACCCAAUCGAUAGACAUGGGACAAAACAUGGUAGCAGACAUGUCGACUGUCGGCGCUCUUGCGUACAACAUCGAAGCAACGGAGUCCAUGAGCCGCGUGAUGAGCUAUUUUCUCCAGCAGAAAGUCAAUAUCCGCGACCAGGACGAGAUUAGUUCUUGGCUCACUCGUUUCAAAGAGCUAGAUCUUCGGCUAGUACAUUGGAAGAUGUUGCUACCUCAGAAAUGGAAGGCCAAUCCUAACUUGACCCGACACGUUCCGUUGAUGGACCCAAACCUCACCACCGCUCAUAUUACACACAAUGCAUCCAUGAUACUACUACAUCAGCUCAUCGCUUAUCCACCCUUGCAUUGGGGCUUUCAAAGCCGAUUACCAAGCACAUGCAGCGCAGAGGCUUGCUACACCGCCGGAAUCGAGAUAGCAACGAUCACGGAAAAGUACCUCGGAAAAUCAUCUGCCCUGUCACCUGUUGGGUGCCAAUUCGCAUUCUGCUUGUUCAUAGCGGCCCGAGUACUCUUAGCUCAUUGGCGAUACACGCGUGGAAACCAUUUGGCGUCCGAGUUCUGGUCCCUUCUGCAUAGCCUGGAAGAAGCGUCAAGACGUUGGAUUGCCCUUUCCGAAGUACCACCAGGGAAGGAGGACCUUUUCAUCCAGUACGCUCGUCGGCUACGGAGGCUCUAUGAACUGUGUUCAACGGACGACUCUUACCAACUGAAUGUCAUGGACUAUACCAAUGAUAUGAACCAUCGCGAUGGUAAUAUUGAGCCAUCGCAGUCUUUUCAAGCAUGGCCGAAUAACGCGGCGACUGUUCCAUUAUCCGAUGUAGAUUUGCCCUUACUGAGCCCUGACUUCAAUACUAUGCCGAUGCUCGAUCAGGAUUUCAUGGACAUGGACCGCAUCAUUGCUUUUGACGAUGGUAGUAUGUUUACGUCGUCAUUUGAUCUUGGGCCGAAUGCAUGGUAA